AUGGCGUCUCUAAACAAACCGGAUCCGCUUACCCCAACCAAAUACGAAUCCAUCCUGGAGCUUCGGGGUGUUCCGUACGAGGCUACCAUUGAUUAUCCAAAUGGCGAUACUCCGGAGAACGUGAGACCGGGAUAUUGCGGAGCCUGCAUGUGCUUUUUUCGCCACGGCCUUAUGUCAUUUCCUAUCCCUUCGUUCCUCCUCGAGAUUCUAGCGGAGUUGAAGCUGGCUUUCACCCAGAUUACUCCGACCUUCUGGCGUUACGUCUUGGCGACGUUCGUUCGGGCCAGAGAGGAAGGGUUAGAGUUUGGUUUGGCUGAGUUAAAGCAGCUUUACACUCUCAAGCGAAGUAGCGGCGUCACUGGAGCGUUUCUUCUUUCUCCGCGUGCAGGUCGCUCGAUUAUUAGCGACAUCCCUGGGAAAGACUUUUAUUGGACGGACACGUUUUUUGUCUUCAAGGUCGAUCCAGUGACGGUUGGGGAUUUUGACUUUUCUCGGAUUCCGAUGAAAUGGAACGAGAACGUAGGUUUUGAUCUUGAUUUUUCUUCAAGUUGGGACAGUUCUACUCCAGAAAGGAUUCGAGCUGCUUAUGCUUUGCCCCCCGGCGUGAAUUGUGUUGUUCCCGUCGCGCUUGUGGAACCGGUUCGUCCUCGGAAAGAGCAGAAAGAUAAAGGGGUGAAAAGGAAAGACCCUCCUGCGGAGCUUUCAGAUGCCAAUUCUGACUCCACACCUUUGAAACGAUAUCACGAGACUCCGGACAGACGGGUGACUAGAGCAAGCUCUCAGAUUCAGUCUCUGAUUGUCCGGGCUAUGCCGCUUUCAGUGGUUCGUCCAGAUCGUGAUGCUCAACCGGAUUCUCGAGUAUCGGGCGAGGUGGACAUCAAGGAAGUCGCUCCCAAGGUUCAGCGACGUCGUCUGAUCUUGGACGAUGAGUCUUCUAAAGAUUUUAACGUUCCAAGCUCGGAACCUCCGAUGCAAGAUCCCGGAGAAGGUACUUCUAAGCCGAUCAACUUUCCUGCAGACUGUCGAAGGGGUUCUCCGCUGGCGUUCUCAUACGACGUCGAUGCUCCGAUUUUGGAGAAUCCUGAACGACUCGCUGCCAUCUGGCGGAAGCUGCGAAGUUCUUCGUGCGUGCUUCCUCCCUUGGAGAAAAUGCGAGGUCGUGAUGUCUAUGUUCAGAUGGCGAUUGCAAAUGCCAAGGCUAUGGAGGCUAGCAAUGAGUACGCUGCUUUGAUGGAGGAACGGUUGGCGAACUUCCCCUCUCGAGAGGAGGUCGAAGGUCAUCUUACUUUGAUCCAACAGUCGCGAUCAAAGUUAAGUGCGUCGCAGGCGAGUGAGCAGGAGCGAAUGAAGCAAGUCGUCGACUUGAAGGUGCUUUUGACGGCUACAGCGACGGAGAAUGUUGCGCUUGAGGAGGAGAAAAUCGCGCUUGAGAAGGAGAAGAUCACACUAGAGGAGGAGAAAGUUGCGCUAGGGAAAGAGAAGGUCGCGAUGGAGGCGGACCUUGAAUCUUUGAAGGCGAAGUUCAGAAGAGAGGCUGAGCUGCGAGAAAGAGUGGCUCGGAGGGAGAGGCGAGCUGCUUGUCGGUUGGUAGCCAAGGGUUACGAUGCUGCCCUCGAUAAGGCUAGGGAGACUAUCCAAUGGAAGAAGGCGGAAAGCGCCGCGGAGAUGCUCCUACAGGAAGUUUGUGCAAAGAUCGAGGCUUUGGCCAAAUACUUGGAGGGCGGGUUCGAGUAUGGCCUCGUGGCAGUGUCGGACGACUCUCUUAGGGGUCUCGACCUUCCUCAAAUUUCUGAUGACUCUGUCAACCUAGGGGGUUGA